AUGGCGGUGGGAGACGGUUCCAGUCAGACAGAUAUACUGGCAAGCAACAGAUCAACCGGAGAGGGAAGAUCCGCAUGUCUCUUUCAAGGGCGACUCAGAGAAGGUAAAGAAGAAGGAGUUUGUGUCAUCACGGAACCAGAGCACACCGAUACCACGUACCUUCAUCGCAUCUCCUACACCACCGUCUUGAUCAUCAUCCCAACAACAUCGUCGACUUCGUUGUUGUUGUUGUUGUUGUCGUCGUCGUUAAGAAGAAAAGAAAAUUUUCUUCUUUUUAAGCGCACGAAAAAAACAAGCGUCCCACGUGACCUUGUCCCAAACGGGCUAGCGCGGCCGUCCGUUUUGCCUCUUCGAAGUUUUGAAGUCGAACGCAGCAAAGUCGACGACGACGACGACGAACAGCGCACAGCGACGAAGACAAGCGACGACGACAAGCGACGACGACGAAGACGACGCAGCGAAGAGACGAGAACGACGCGGGCUGACCUUCUCGGCGCUGCUCUCGACCUGAUG